CUGAGGAAGUCCUAUGGAGAUGUCUACAGCAUCUACAUCGGUCUCAAACCGGCUGUAAUCAUCAAUGGGAUGAAGGCAAUCAAAGAAGCUAUAGUGACAAAGGCUACUGAUUUUGCUGGACGACCCCAAGACUUGUUUGUCAGUGAUAUCACCAAGAGGAAAGGGGUCAUUAUGGCUGAUUACGGCUCUAGUUGGAAGGAACAUCGUCGCUUUGCUUUGACCACUUUGCGGAACUUUGGUCUGGGGAAGAACUCAAUGGAGGACAGGAUUCAUAAGGAGAUAAAACACAUCAUUAGUACCCUGGAAGAGAGUGUUGGUAAAACCAUGAGUCCUCGAGUUAUGUUCCACAAUGCGGCCUCCAAUAUCAUCUGUCAAGUCCUUUUUGCCACACGCUAUGAGUAUGAUCAUGCGUUAAUACAAUUUAUUGUCCGAUGCUUUACUGAGAAUACCAGGAUAACCAAUGGACCAUGGGCUAUGCUGUAUGACUCUCUUCCUUUAAUUCGUUACCUGCCGCUGCCUUUCAGGAAGGUCUUCAACAGUGCUGAGGCUUUAGAAAAUCUUGUAGCUGAUUUUGUGAGGGAGCACAAGAAGACCAGAGUCCCGGGAGAAGCACGCGACUUUAUUGACUGCUAUUUGGAUGAACUGGAAAAGAGAGGCAACGAUGGGUCUUCAUUUUCAGAAACGCAGCUCCUUAGGUUCACCUUGGAUCUUUACUUUGCUGGGACUGACACUACAUCCAACACCCUGCUUACUGGUUUUCUUUAUCUUGUGAACUACCCACACAUACAAGAACAAUGUCAGGAGGAGAUAGACCGAGUGCUGGAAGGGAAAGAUCAGGCCAGUUUUGAGGACAGACACAAGAUGCCCUACAUGCAGGCUGUGAUUCACGAGAUACAGAGAGUUGCCAACACUGUCCCUCUCAGUGUCUUCCACUGCACCACUAAAGACACAGAGCUGAUGGGUUAUUCCAUUCCCAAGGGAACAAUGAUCAUCGAGAAUCUGACCUCAGUGCUCAGCGAGGAGGGACAGUGGAAAUUCCCUCAUGAAUUCAACCCUGAAAACUUCCUCGAUGACAAAGGAGAGUUUGUUAAACCAGAGGCCUUCAUGCCUUUCUCUGCAGGUCCUCGGGUGUGUCUCGGGGAGGGUCUGGCUCGCAUGGAGCUCUUCCUCAUCAUGGUGACUCUGCUGAGGAAGUUCAAGUUCAUCUGGCCCGAGGACGCAGGAGAACCAGACUUCACUCCAGUCUAUGGGGUCACUCUGACUCCCAAACCUUACCGCAUGAAAGUCCAACUCAGAACGCCGCAGUGAGGCGGUGUGCAGAUGGACAUUAACUAGCAGUUGGUCCUGGUCGGAAGUUAUCUGGGAAACUUUUAUCCAUUUCUUAUUUCUACUGCAUUGGUGAAAUAUGAAAUAAACGUAUGAAACUCA